UAUUGCUGUAAGUAUCUCUCAAGAAAGCUAUAACACAAAAACACACAGCUUACAUUCUAAUUUACUUCAAUAAUUUGCAUGUGCUUUCUUAAUUAACUGAAAACCUUGCUUGUGUACGUUUGUCUAUAAUUCAGCACAACUCUUAAAAAUUGUAGAUUCCUGAGCUAAACGACGAAAAUUGUUAAGUUUAUGCAAAAAAAGUUGAGAAGCUUUGAAAAAAUUAGUCACGACCGCGGCGACCAGAAACAACCUGCAGGAUGUCGCAGCAAUUUCAAGCGGCGGGAACAGAUAUGACGUUGGCAUCAGCCAGGACGGAACUCAAAGCAACACUGGACGAUUUCACUCAUCUCAGCUUACGAAGGACCAAAAUUCAAGAGGAAAACGGGCAACUCCGUCUGGAAAACGGAACUCUGCUCCAAAAGGUGAUCACGCUGGAACAACUCCUGAAGGAGUCCGACAACAAAUGUCGAGACGUUCUAACCGAGUCGCAGAAUCUAACAAACGCCGUCGAAACGAAGUAUAUGAGUCUUCAGAAAGAAUUUAACGAUUCAAAAGCAGAUUUUGAUUCUCAAAUUGCGAGUCUGAAAUCGGAGAAGGAAAGGAACGACUUUAAAAACUUCGAGCAAAUUUCAAACUUACAGCGCGAUUUGGAAAUUGAGAAGGAUAAAAACGGACGAUUAGCUAAAGAAAAUGGCCAAUUUGGGAUCGACAUUCACGAAACUAGAAGAAAGAUAUCCGAGGUUGAAGAUAAGUUGAACUCGAAAGAAAAACAAGUAAUCAUUUUGGAAUCCGAAGUCAGAAGACUGAAAGACGAGCGGGACAAAUCGUCCGACCAACUCAAAACGGAGAAUGUGCGACUUAGAAACGAAGUUUUGGAAGUCAAAAGAGCCAAAGAUGACAUUGAAAUUCAACUAAAAACGGAAAUAACCCAAAUCAAAAACCAGCAUUUGGGUGAAAUGAAACGGGUGAAUAGCGAAAUGUCAGAUAAAAUAACAAGUGCCCUCAAGGAAAAGACAGAUUUGAUUGCUGAACUUUCGAAAGAAAAGAAGGCUUUGAAGGGUAAAAUAUCAGAAAUGGAGAAAGGUCACGCUAGUACAUAUGCGCAGAAAGAAACAAGAUUGCACGACACCAAAUUAGAACUUGAAAAAAGUUCAAAAACACACAUGCAAGAAAUGAACAAAAAAGAUGCUGAAAUUAAAGCUCUUCAUGAACAAAUUUUGACAUUGAAAACUGCCGACAAUGAAAACAAGCAUAACAGUAAAGUUGAACGAGAGAGGGAAUUUUCAAAUGUUUCCCGCGAAAUUAAAGAACUGACGGAUGCCUUGAAAGCCAAAGACAAAGAGCAUUCUGAAAUCAUUUCGAAAUUGAUUUCAGCCCACAAAAACGAGAUCGAAAAAACGAGUGACAACUCAGCUGACAAUCUUCGGAGACGAGAAGAAAAAAUAGCAGAGUUGGAAACAUCCUUAUCAAAAGUGAAGGAAAGUCAUGAGCGUGAAAAUUCAAUGCUGGAAUCGAAGAUUUCACGCGUAACUGAAGACCGAGAAUACUGGAAAACUAAAUACGACCACGAAACUUCCGAUCUGAAAUCGGAGAUGCAAAAUCUAAGAGACGAAAAAGAACAUGAAAUAACUGACCUUAUCAAAGCACUAAAAACUGCGGAAAAUGAAAUCGGAAUCCUGAAUGAAGAAAACAUGAAGAUUAUAGAGAGUAACAAAAGCGACCUCCAAAAGACUAAUGAGCAGAUAAAUAAACUAGAAACUGAGUUAAAGACUGCAGAAAAAACUAUUCAAUCGCUUCAAAAGCAAUUCGAUCAUUCCAAAGAUGACAAUCAAGAUCUUCUUCACAAACUAAAAGAUCGCUUUGAUGCCGAAAAAAGAGAUCUUGUAGACAAGUUGGAGAAAAAGUCUAAGCUAGUGAACAAACUUGAGAGAGAGCUAGAGGUCAAAAAUAACGAACUGAUGGUUGAAAAUCGUCAAUUUGAAGAAAAAAGCCGAACGAUGGAAACAGAGAGAGAACGAAUGAAGCGAGAAGUCGAAGCAGUGGUUCGGAAAAUUAACGAUGAUAAAGAGAGACAAAAAGUUUUAGCAUCGGAUGAAAAACGAGAAUUGCAAAAAGAUCACGACUGCCAAAUUAAAACUCACAACUCAGAAAUUCAGAAGCUUAAAAAUGAAUUAGACAUUUCCGAGAACUUAAAAACCACAAUCGUUAGAGAUUACAACCACAGACUAGAUGCUGCUAAAAAUGAAGUCAAAAAAGACUUCAAAAGCAGACAAGAUCAAUUUUCAGUUGUUAAAGUUGAACUCGAAAAAGAAAUGGCCAAUCUCAAAUAUUUGAACAAAGAGCUUUCCAAAGAAUGCAAAUAUCUGAGGUCUGAGAAAACAAAAACUGAAACUACUCUUCAAAUACAAAUCGAAAGUCUGCAAAGAGCUGCCGAACAUGAGAACGAAAAGUCGAGCAGAGAAAUUUCAAAGUUAAGAGAAUCUUUGAAAGAAUUUGGAGAAAGAAACUCCAAAGAGAGGGAAGAAUUUGAGACAAAAAUUGAAAAGUUAACAGAUCAGAUGAAAAAAUUGUCGCACGAAAAACAGCACACCGUUCAAAGCCUGAACAAACUAAAAAACUUCACUGAAUCUUUGGAACGUGAAAAGCAGUUCCUGGAGAAACAACUAACGGCUUCGGAGGAAGAGAAAAACAUAAUCGAAGAGGAAUCUAGGAAAACUAUUAUGGAUCUCGAGAACACGUUCAGUAACAGAUUGGAUUCAGUUCAAGGUCACUCGGACAUGAUCCGACAGGAGAUUAGGCAGAAAGAGGCGGCACUGAGGGAGAUGACCCUGGAGAACGACAAUCUGAACAGUCAGAUGGCAGACAUGGAAGACAACCUAAGAGUGUCUGUGCUCAUGAUGAAGAUGAUGAAGGGUGCUAUGGAAAAACAGUAGACAAGCCAUUGAAAAACAGAGACACGACUUUUCUGAAAUUUUAACUAGAAAAAUUAACCUAAUAAUAUUUUCGAAAUCCAACAAAGAUUUAGAUGAAACUUUCA